AUUGGAGUAGUGUUAAAUGAGCGUUCUGUUGGUAUAGAGAUCGCUCUCCGUGGCUUAACAGGCCAGGCUAAAACGUUCGUCGAAGCAUUAUUUCGUUUCUGUUUUGUUGGAUAAAUUUCUUCCGUACCGUCAUAUUUCGUUGCCAACAAAUCGCGGAUAUUCGAUCUAGUAGUCUUUGGAUUCCGUUCGCUUGCUUUGAUUAGUUUCGAAAACUUGAGUCGCGAGGUUUGUGCUGACGACUGCGAUGAGAUUUUUUCUUAUAUACAAGUGCCGUGCGUUGUUUGCAUGUACAUAAAGGAAGCAGGUCCGUCGGGAGAGUGUGAGAGACGAUCGCGUCGCGGCGGUGGUUUAGGGUGUGAGAGAGUGUUACGGGCCAUAAGCAGCGGCAGCAGCAACAGUGGCCAGCAAGCAGCACCUUCUGUACAUAAGAGGGUAUAUCGAUCUAGUGCCUAGCUGUGCUUCUCAAAAUGGCAACCCGUGAAAAGAAGCCCAGAUCGGUGAAUUCGGACUCUCCCACCCCUUCCCUCGGCGGUGGUAGCGAUUCAGCCCCCUCAACCCCGACCAGUAAAGGUAAGGGCAGUCGCGUAUCCUUGAGCAGGCAAAAGUCAAAACAACUCCUGACGACAAAUGAGGAUUCAGUUCAAUCAACUGAAGAUAUUGCUGAAACGCCUUCGACAGAAUCCAUAGCGAAUACGAGCGGCUCAAGCAGCAAUAAAUCAACGAGCGGUAGCAGAACUACUCGUGCUACAAUUAAUGAGCCUACAGAAUCUGCGUCCAGUUCGAAGGAUAAAGAAAAGGACAAAACUGAUACAAAAGAGCCCAAGGCUGCCGCUCGUAAAAAUGUCACUAAAAAGAAGAAAUCUGAAGCUUCGGACAGUGAUAAAUCCAAAGCCUCCGUAACAGCUAUCAAGAAAACUGCACUUUUGAAACGUAAAACUAGGCCAAUUGUGGGAAAACCUGUACUAGGCAAGAAAGUGAUCGCACGCAAACAAGUGAACGCCAAAGGCAAAAAGGAAGUGACCGUGACCCUGAAAGAGGAAGAUAAUAAAAACAAAAAUCUGCGCAACGGUAAACCGCGCGCUACCGAUAGUCCUGUCUCUAAGAAGAAAGCAGUCGCAUCCAAGGAUAAAGGUGUCAAGGACUCCACUCCCGUAGACGCAACAGUGACUGUCAAACAGGAACGUCGUCGGUCGGAUUCCGUUUCCAAAUGUUCGGAUGUAACCGAUAUCAGCACGACUUUAGACACUUCUUUCGUCAAGGAGGAUGAGGACAAAAAAGACGACACCAGUUUGUCGGAAAUUAAACGGGAACUCAUGGAAGAGAAUGACACCAAGUCCAAAAUUUUGGACAAAAUGGCAGAGGCUUUCAAUGAACGGAAGACCCCCACCAUCUUACCGUCUUCAAAGGACGAAAAAACUGUGCGUCGGAGUGCUCGUCAGCGAAAGAGCACUCCCAAAGAAAAGGAAGAAUUCGCGACACCGACAAAACUCAAAGCGCCCGUUGAAAUUAAAUCGGAACCAAUGGAUACGGAUGAAUCCGAGUCCGUUCCGUUGACCAUUGACACAGAAGCUCCGUCGAAGGAGACGCCCAGUAGCGAGUUGGAAAAGGACUCGUCACUCAGUCCUGAACUAGUUAGUGAAGGUGUAUCAGAGAUUAGUGUUAAGGAGUUUUAUAGUGAGCCAGCAUUCCUCGAAAAUAAUCUUGGAAUCGAGAAGGAUCCCAAAUUGGGCGAAAUCGUUCAAGUGCAAGAAAAAAUCAAAUUGGAUAAGGGAAGUGAUAAUGAGGUGGCGUCUGCUGCUACUGUUAUUGCUAUAUCUUCUAACGGUAGCACAUCUGUGAAGCAAGAAUUUCAACAAGUGGUAGUGAAAGAAGAGAAAAGGGAGGAAGAUGAUGAAGUUACAGAUGAUGGAAAUAUGAAAGGUGAAAAGCUACAUGGUGAAACCAUGGAAAUCGAAAAAUUAAAGGAAAUUAUCGGUGUUGUGGAACCGAGCAGAGUGCAAAGUAAUGUGGUUCCCCCUGUGGUAGUGAUUCCUAAAGAAGAAGGUUCGGGCAAUGAAUCGCCUCUUUCCGAUCGCUCGAAUGAUAAGGAUGUGUUGUUAAGUAUUAUAAACAAAGUAGAAAGCAGUUUGAAGAAAAGUGACUCGCGAUCCGACUCAGAAGGAGAGCGAGUGGGUAAAUCGAAAGCAAAAAGCGUUGCAAAGGAACCGAAGCCAAAAGCUCGGAAUGUGAAAGACAAGUGCAAAGAAGAUGAGAAAGCUAAAGAAGAAAAAUUGCGACAAGAAAAGCUACGUGUAGAAGAAAAGGUGCGCGAAGAAAAGCUUCGAGCCGAACGCUUGAAGCAGGAAGAAGAGCAGAAAAAUUUAGAAGAGAAGAUUAAACAAGAGCAGGAGGCGAAGAAAGUGAUUCCAGCAGUGCCGGAAGUGACGAGUAAGCCGACCAGCCCCAAAACCAUCGAUGAAGUUGUGUCGGUUUUGGAGAAAGUUCUCCCAUCAAAGACUGUGACAACGCUGAGUCUCACCUCAGCUGAUUCACAUUUAGUUUUAUCAGUUACAUCAUCGGAACCUUCCGAUGUAGUAGAAUGUGUACAACCAGAACCGCCAAAACUUGCGCAAAUUGUAUCGAAUGCGAUAACCUUAGAAAAUCUUCCCGCCAUCACCCUUCUUAAAAAAGAUCCCAAUCAGGUCAAAGACGAGUUAAAAUUCGAUCAUACCCAUGUAAAGGCAGAACUAGAAAUUUUGCCCUUCAAAGAAGUGGCUGUGGCCAAGGAAGAAAUCUCUAUAAACAAAAUUUCAGAAUCACCCUUGCAAAUAAUUUCCAAGAGUGAAAACGCUGCAGCGGCCGUUGCUAUAACGACCGUUGUGGCCGCAGGCAAUAAAUCUCCACUUAGCAUUAUUGCAAUACAGACUGAUAAAGGUUCUGAUAAAUCUGCUAUUUUCGAAGAAAUUCCAGAAGAAGCUCAGAAAACUAAAAACCUAGAAGCGGUUAAGAACUGCAACCGUGAACAAAUCGAUGUUCCAAAAACCGAUGAUAUCAAGACUGUCGUAAAUGAUACGCAUAGCGUAGAGAACGAGCUUCCAAGCUUUGCUGAUUCCGCCAAGGAUCCAGCCGGCAUAGCAUACUCAGCUGCAGCCGAGACGUUGGACGACGCUGCCAAACAGAAGGAGUCUCAUCUGAAGCACCUGGGACUGCUGACCUUGCAGGCGGCCAGCGAAGAGAAGCAACGCCGCAAAGAAUUGGUUCUACACAAACCGGCGACCUCGACGUCGGUGAGCUCCGCUGUGAGCACAUGUUCCAGUACCUCCUCUACCAGCUCCAAAAGUGGUAGCGGUACCAAAUCAUCCAGAAACUCCGAAUCUACCGGAACCCUGAAAACUGUGAUAAAACUUAAUCGAGGCGAAAAGCGCAAACCCCGACUACCACUGAAAAUGACAUUGCAAAAGGGGAAAGGCAAAGGCGCCGAAAAGGAUGCCAACGGUGGCGAGGGAAAUGGGGAGACAUCAUUCUACAUCAUACAGAGUGAGGGUGAUCAUCAGAAUCAAUCGGCGACUGACUCGGCGUCACUUGGAAGAAAAGCACACAGCCGAUCUCACACCACCGAUGGUGUCCCCUUGCCAGAAGUACCUGCCGAAUCGGUGGUUGCUAAGGAGGUGGUCCAACAGGUGGCGUUGGUUAUACCAGAGAAGGCAUCCUCCUUCAACGUUCAUCCGGAACGGCUAUGCCAGGAUCAGUGCUUUUAUUGUGGGGGCAAAUUUGGCCUCUACGAUACGCCGUGUCACAUUGCGGCUAUGAAAUCCAGCGAACGACAGCAGAACAUCCUUGCAAGCGAGGUCAAAAUCAAAAUAGACAGUUGUUUGUGUGACGCUUGCUUCCGGCAUGUGGAUCGAAAAGCCAACUGUCCGUCCUACCGGAAAAAGACGGAAGCGAAAUCGCUUUCCUCGUUGGCCAAAAUACAAAGCUGCGUCAGCUCCCUCCACGACGACAAGACCCACCAGGACGAUGUUCUUGCGUGCGUAAGUGCACCGAGUUUGGACAAUUCCCAAUCGUCCACGGAAGAACUCACCCAAAACGCUUCCCCGAACUUUGACGAUGUUGGGCAGAAAAUUCAAGGGCACUGUCACGUUCGGAACUGCGGUGCGGGAGCUUCGCACACCAUACGACGCAAGUGGCUGCUGAAGAUGAAGAAAACGAUUAGUAAAAUUCUUGAGAUUAACUUAGAGCAAACCAGCACGGUGUUGAACUUGAUACCGAUCUGCGACGAGCACUACGAGCUGAUCAGCCACCUGAUGAUUUGCGCUAUGUGCAAACGGCGCCUGCCGAAGAACCACAUUUACUACAUUAUCAAUGAAAUUCCACAAUUAGAGCGACUCAUCCAGGAGCAAGGCAUAGCAAUGAAGCUUGGCAAUUCGACGCUGGUGGUGUGUAAAUUAUGCAGAUACUAUGCUAAUUUGUUGCUCAAACCACCCGACGCCAAGUCGCAGAAAGCUCAGUUCAUCAAGAACUACAACCGGAGGUUGCUUCAAUUCUACGAACGCGAAAAUGAGCUGCAAAAAAUGGUGAUGUCGUCGAACCCAGAUAUCAUCAUCUCAGAUGCGGAAGAUGACAGCAUCGAAAUAGUGCCCGUUUGCGAAUCGGUGUCCCUGCAACGACGCAGUCACCAUUCGAGGAAAUCAACCGAUCUCACUAUAGCGGAUACCAACUCGGCCCAAAUGGGCGAUCUCGAGGAGGUAACCAUCACACCUGCCCCCAAACUUCCCAACACUGCCAAUGUAAGCGGCAAUAGUUCAAUUAUUCUCGAUAGUGAUGUCUCUGUCGAGCAGCAACCUGCAUCUGCCGAGAAACGCCGCAAGGACGAAAGCAUAGAUAUGGCUAAGGCGUUGAAGGCCAAUCCGAACAUUUCGAUGCGUGAGUUGUUCCCGGGAGAAGAAGAACUCGGUAUCCACAUAAACAUCCCAUUCAACAGUGUCUCGACGAGGACGCCGGAAGGAUGGACCAAAGUGAACACCACCCUGCAGUACGACGACUCGACACGAGCCCUGUGGGAGGAGUUACAAAAACCGUACGGUAAUCAAUCCAGCUUUCUCAGGCAUCUGGUGCUCUUGGAAAAGUAUUUCCGCAAUGGCGACCUGAUCCUCUCUCCGCAAGCUAAGAACAAUGCUGCCACAUACUCUGAAGCCGUACAGAAUCGACUACGGUCUUUUGAUAACGUUGCAACGCCUCCCCCUGCGACAGUAAUCGACAAAAGCAGUCUUUUACAGCAACUAGAAAAUGCUCCGAUAACGAUAACCCAGACCGCGAAAGCAAGGACCAAGUCAUCAACCGAGCCGAUCAGUUUACUCAAGUCUAACAACCCGCAUCUAGUCGGAGGAACAUCUUCUUCAGGAGAUGUGUCUAUGAAACGAAAACUGUCAGCAGAUGUCAAUUCGAAGGGCACCACGGGAAAAUCCGAUAUAGCCCCCGGAAGUAAAAUCAUGAAGUUAGACGAAACGAUAGUCGUACCUGGUGGCAAGGCAUCUGUGUUGGUGCCGCCUGAACUGAUAAGCAUAAAUGCGAAGCAAAAUGUAACAAUUACCACAAUACCUCCGGGUAAAUCCCCUUCCACGUCAAUCCAAGGACCAUCACAGCCACAGCAGUCGCUUCUCCAACCGCAGCAGUCCUUACUACAACCGCAAUCUCAGAAUAAGAAAACACCCGGCUCUGCGGGUAUGCGAGAGAUCAUUAAACUUCCUGAUCAACUAACUGAAGCCGAACGUCGCGAGACUUCCAAACCAUGGCGCCCAACACUCAUCCCCAUUACUCCGGGAAGCGCCGAAACAAUCAAAGCUGGUCCGCUAUACCAAACUGCCGAUGGACGAAGGCUACCAAAGCUGGUACAGGUCAUGUCAGGCGGAAAACCAUACCACAUCUCGAUACAUGAUUACAAUCGGAUGUGCAUAUUACGGCGCGAGAAGUUACUUCAGCAGCGACAAGACCUCAUGCAGCACCAAUAUCAACAACAGCAGAAACGUUUGCAGCAGCAGUCACCUCCUAACUCGAAUGCCACUGCAACAAAGACAGCUUCGGCAGGGAAGUCUCUGCUUGACCCAGCUGCCUUAAAUGCGGCCAAAAUGGCUCAAAUACCGAAUCAAAUCUUGGAGCAGAACUCCCUCAUUCCUAUCGGAAACAAUGGUAGCAACAGCGGCACCGCCAAUAAUGUACUCGGUUCUAAUAAGUCCAAUGGCCCCAGCAGCGAGCUUCAACAACUUAUCAAACUACGUAAGCCAGGAAGCAGUAACAGUUUGAUCCCACCCGUGACAAGUGGGCCAACAUAUUUCAAGAACACCUUACCACUCAGCACGGCAACUAGCAAACCGAUCUCUAUGCCGAGCGCUGCCAACAUGCUCUCGAUGGUUUCGAUGGCCAGCGCAAACGCGCAGCAACAGACUCAAUCCGGUCCCAUAAACACCUCCCCGCCUGUUCUUCCUUCCGGACCGUCGCAGCUUGAUCAGCUCAUCAAAAGCAACAACUCAUUCCUGAACAACUUCAUUAGCCCAUCGCAGCUAAGCGCAAUGGUCGCAGCAGCAACGGCUAUGGCAGCCAAUUCUGCCGCCGCCGCCGGUUCUAACUCGCUACUUGGUUCCGCUGGAACCGGAACCAGUGGCGGAUCGAUCCUGAUGGAUAAUUCGGCCGCCCAGCUGCUAUCCAAGAUACCAAAAUCCCUAACUGUGAUACCACAACAAAAACAAAGAUCCUUGUCACGUGUCUCCUCGAACGAGGACCAAAGCAGUGCCUAAGCGAAAGUAAUCAAUGAUACAACAGGAAACAAACACACAUACACAUGAAAUUUGAAAUAUCCAACAAAAAUUAUAUAACAAUACAGACAAAAGUAACACAAAAAGAAAAAAGAUGAAAGGUUUUUUCAAUUUUUAAGAAGUUAAUAUUUUGUAUUAUCAAACAAACAAAAAAUGAAUAAUGAAUUGUAUAAAAUCAAAUGAAUAAGACCAUAAAACAGUAAACAGGCUUGAGAAUUUAUCGAACCAAUUGCUCUAGUCACUUUGGCUUGUCUUUACAAACGAACAAACACACGCGAAUUGCUUUCCAUUGCUUUAGUAUUGAGUUUUGUGUUUCUCUCGAUUUGAGACUCGGUCGUCAACAGUAGUGCGACGGACGGAAAACAAUACGGACACGACGACGCCAUUCAGGAGGAGAACCCUCUAACGAAAGGUAAGUUGAGCGCUUCUGAAUAACUUGACCGAUGAAGAAUGGGAAGUCAACUUCAGGGUCACCCUGAGUUGCUUAGGACACGGAACGACGACAGGGAGGGCACCAAACACAACGACUACGAUGACCAGGAAGCUACUAGGUAGCAGUUAUUUUGUUGUGGGAUGCGGCAGAAUGAGUACCUUUCUUUGUUUUCCCAGAUAGGCAAGAUUCGGUUACAUUACGUUGAAGAGAUUUUCACCCAAUAGAAUGAGAAU